AGCACACGGAUCCCUUAUCCUGACCGUCCAAUCUUUUUUUUGUCAACUACCUUCUCCUUAUAUGUACCCUUUACCCUUCAUCAUUUUGCCUUUAGAGAUCCGGAGCAACGGCUAGAGAGAUAAGGUUUUGAAGAUCUGAAGAUUCAAGAUGGCGCGUACUAAACAAACUGCUCGUAAAUCAACUGGAGGAAAGGCUCCAAGGAAGCAACUCGCUACCAAGGCUGCCCGUAAGUCUGCUCCAACCACUGGUGGAGUUAAGAAGCCCCAUCGCUACCGUCCUGGAACUGUAGCUCUUCGUGAAAUUCGCAAGUACCAGAAGAGCACUGAGUUGCUUAUCAGGAAGCUGCCCUUCCAGAGGCUAGUCCGUGAAAUUGCCCAGGAUUUCAAGACUGAUCUGCGAUUCCAGAGCCAUGCGGUCCUGGCCCUGCAGGAGGCGGCUGAGGCCUACCUUGUCGGUCUGUUUGAGGACACUAACCUCUGCGCUAUUCACGCUAAGCGUGUUACCAUUAUGCCCAAGGAUAUUCAGCUGGCUAGGAGGAUUCGUGGUGAGCGUGCUUAAGCAAUGCUGCGGCCAUGGGUAUGGUGGUGUGCUAUUUUGUUAACUUCUUUCGAAGACAAUGGCUUAGGCGGCUAGGGUAGAUAGAUAGGCUUUGUGGUUGUAGUUGUUAUUAGGCUUAUGGAUGUGAACCUUUUGGGUGAUUGUUACUAUUGUUGGAUAUGUGGGGAAUUUGAAUUUGUUCUAUUACUGUUCUUUUAUGUUGUGCUGGAUAAUAUACCUGUUGCCACGCUUGUGGUGUUGAACAUCUAUUAUUGCAUAAUCUAAUCUAAGUAUAGCUUCUUAUUC